AUGUCUGAACAGCAAUCAUCAUCACGAGAAAGUUCAAAACCCAAAGCCUCAAGAUGGUCUGAUCUUGUGAAAGAAAGUAAGGAUUGCGAUACCGCUUUCACCACGUCUACAUUCACCAAUCGUGUCAAUCUCAUUGACAUGGCAAGAAUCGCCGCUGAAGCGGGGUGGCAUACAAGCAAGAAGGAAGCCACGAGUACAUACGACGAGUUAUCCUCGGCAUCCGGUCUCAAAGGCACUAAUGCGCAUUAA